ACCUGACCUUGUUUCUUUUCUAUUAUUGAUUAUUGAUAAUGCGUUUUUGUUUCCUGGGAAAAUUAAAAAACUUUUUAGUCCAAGUGGUUAGUCUGCAAAUUUAGCCGUUGUCUCCGGCGAGCAAGAACCCCAACGCGGCCACUGUGUUGUUGCUAUCGAAGCCUAUCUGUUUUUUGCUUUUUUGUUUUUGUAAAUUAAGACAUGAGACCUACAUCUUCUACUUUCAUUUGUAUCCUUAGAUUCCUAAUUUAAUCAGAAGAUAUGAUAAAGCUCUGAAUUUGAGAGAUAUUUAGCUAAUUUUUGGGGCAUGUAUUGACAUUAAUGAAGGCUUUCGGUGUAGUUGCUGAUGCACAGAUUGCUGUAAGAGUAAUAAUUGGAUUCUGUUUUCCAUUUUCUGGGCGAGAAACUAUCACUUGGCUCUAAAAUAUGGUGGAAGGUGUGGCACUUAGCACUCUGGCAACAUGUGGAAAGAGCAGACCUUGUGGAUCAUUUGCACCUUGGGGGGCACGUUUAAAGCCAUUUAAGAAAUCCCAAACAACCUAUAUCUAUGACCGACACUGGGUCUGGAAUCAAAGUGUGCAGAUGUUGUUCUUAGAUCCCUAUGCAUCAAGGCCUAGGGAUUUUAAGGUGGAAGCAGGAUGGAUGUUUAGAGGUGGGGAGCGAGAUUCAGAUGCAAGUGUAGAGCGCAGUGAAAGUGCUAAUGAAAAUAUUUUGAUCUUCUUUUUCCAACUUGACUUGGCCACUCGAGUACAGUAUGCUUUAAAUAUGGAGCAAUAUGACAUUGCACAGGAUCUGAGGAACAAGCUUACAGAGGUUGAGGCAGAAAUUGUUAAGCGGCAAGAUGCUAAAAGGGGAUUGUCUUCAAAAAGUGAAGCUCAAGAUGCAGCUCUGCGGAUAAUAUCUCUUCGGUCAGAUCUCCAAGACGCAAUCAAGAGUGAAGAUUAUGCCUUGGCUGCUGAAUUACGUGAUAAAAUUUCAAAACUUGAAGCACAGACUCUGGAGGCAUCAGCUAAAGCUUUAGUAUAUGAAAAUGUGCAAUAUGCAUUUCGUUUGGGGCAGAAAGUGAAGCAUAGAAUAUUUGGCUAUCGAGCUGUGGUAUGUGGAAUGGAUCCAGUAUGCUGUGAAUCAAGUUCAUGGAUGGAAACUGCUCAGAUUAAGAAAUUGUCUCGGGGUUCUAGUCAGCCAUUUUAUCAGGUUCUCGUUGAUGUACGUGCUGAUCCGAACAUACUGGUGGCAUAUGUUGCAGAAGAGAACCUGUUAGCCCCUGAUAAACCAGACAAGGGCAGUUUUGAUCAUCCCUAUGUCUCUUUUCUCUUCUAUGGGAUGGAUACAGCUGGCGAUUUCAUCCCCAUCAAGCAACUCCGUGAGAAGUUCAAUAGACCUCGACAUGAAGUACCUCUGGAUGAUGAGAAUGGAGGCGAAAUGUAAAUCAACAAAUAUAUAUGUAAAAGUUGUAGGAAGCCGUAUCAUUUACAAGCCAUGAACUAUGCAGCUUAUCUUAAGAUCCAUACAAAUGCAUAGGGUUCACCCUAGUUUCUAAGUAAAAGCCUUACUUGUUCUGUGUCUCUUUUCUGUGAUCAUUCGAUUGGCUUUGGAGGACAUUCCCAGGGGUAAGUAAACAAGUAUUUGUAUGAUUUAUCUCAAUAUUUAUGUGUAACAACUUAGUUAAAAGAAGUCUAUUUUUUGCUUUCAA